UGCAUGCAAAUUAGUUGCUUUCUGCCGCCAAUUUGUAUCACAACUGUCAAUUGUAGAGAAAUAGACUAAUGGCUAACUUCUAAAUAGUAAUUUGUGAGGUAAAGCUUCGCGAAUGCCUUUGCAUGUUGUCGAGCGCCCAGUGGCUACUUCAAGCCUCCUUAACGCUAACAAGAUUCCGGGAUAGAUUGAGAAAAAAAAGCUCUAUAAAAUGUUUUCCUGUAGCGAUAGAGAGCUAGACGGUUGUGAUUUGGAAGCAAUCAAAGAUUUUACAGCUGCUGAGACGUGUUAUAGCGAUGGUGCUAACCCGCUAUCGUUUCAUAUAGGAGAACAUUUCAGGCUUUUGGGCCGCCGUGACAACAACUGGCUGCAUGUGGAGAGAACGUUGUGGAAAAAUAACCCUUUGCUCCAAAUCCAGCACUUUCCAGCAACUGAAACAGGAAUAGUACCGGUCGACUAUGUCAUAGCAAUGGAUAAAGAGUCGGAAGAUUCAGGAAAGCUAGAGGAGAAUGGCCUGGACCAAGGGAGUGAGACGGAGAGUCAAGACGAAGAUACACUCAAGGUCAUGUUUGAGAAAGAAGACCUUGCAAGACAGCUGGAGGCUAUAAAGAAAAGACUUGGUGAUGCUCAUAAAGAAAACCAGAUUCUCAAGGAAAGGUCAAAGAGAGAAUUUGGAAAAAAUGUGCAGCUUGUUCACCAGCUGCUACAGCAAUAUUAUGCAGCAAGUGAGGUGCUCAUUGCUACCAAAGAAGAACUUGCAAUAGCCCAGAAAUCCAUUAUUGAGGAGCAAGAAAGAAACAAGAAAUAUGAAGAACAUGUUGAGGAGAUAAAAACACAAAUCCAUAAGUCUGGGAACAAAGCUGCUAUAAAAGUCCUUGAAAAAAUACUACAGAAAGAAGCAAAGCAAAAUGGAUUUAUAGAUGGAAAGCCUCGAUCUAGUAGCGGCGAGGAUGAUCUGAUGCUGUCAUGUACUCUGUGUUCUGAAAAGAUCAGGGUCAGUGAGCUUGCCAGCCAUUCUCGUAUUUGCUCUGCUCAAGAUGGCCAUGCCAAACCAAAACUCACCAAGCAACCAAGUACUCCAUCUGGGUCGCCGGAUAUGCUGAGAGUAAAUGUGACAUACUCUGAAACAGAUGAGAAAAAUGAGACUUUCAAAGUAGUUACAAAGACAACACUUCCAAACUAUGAGUUUCCAUUGUAUGAGGUUCAUCGAAGUGAGGCUCACUUUGAGUGGUUGCAAGCUGCAAUGCAGGAUUCGCUUCCAGAGAGAAUAGUACCUCCUCUUGUCAAGCAAACAUCACUUAAUGGAAAAAUAAAGGAAUUUCAGAGGUUUUUAUCAAGGAUUUGUGCCCACAAGGAUCUUAAAAAUGAUGGCUGGCUGCACUUGUUUCUUACUGGAUUUAAUGAGGAGCUAGAUGAAGCCAAGACUCAACUUGACAGAAGGAAAGCAAGCACUGAUGGGGCCCCUCAGAUAAUCUCUGAUCGCCAGGGUUACGACCCUAAUGCCCCAGUCUAUAAGUGUAAGAGAUAUUUUGAAUCACUGCAUACAAACCUACAAGGCCUUAUUGACCAGCUUCAAACUACGAUGGAAGAGAAAAUCCCAGAGGUUCAGAGGUCAGAGGGACUUGGUGUUUGGUUUAAGGCAAUAGCAGACGGCGAACCAACCGAGACAUACCUGAAGACUGCAAGUGCUGCGUUAAGUCAAAUCUUCAGUGAGCUGACAAAAAAGGAACCAGAAGAAAAUGUCAUUAUCAAUGACUUGAUCAGCAUAAAUGAAUAUGUCAAGGGUGCGCAGGAUCUAUUAGAGAGGGUGGAGGUCGCUGUGGACACUUUCCUAUUUUGGGACGCAGAGGUCCGUGCUUGUGAAGACAGACAGGAAUCACCUACUGGAAGCGGGGAGACUUUGACCCAGCGUUGGGCUAAGGCAAAUUCUAACAGUGCACAAGCAAAGGAAACUUUAGAAAGGACAUGUCAGGAUCUGGCAUUUGAACUUUCUCACUUUGACUUGAGAAAAGAAAUGGAGCUGAGAGAGGUGUUGAUUGAGUACUCCAGUUUACGAUCUGAGCAUUAUGAAAAGGUACAAAGUAAAUGGUUUGGAGUAAAGUUUAUGGUUGAGGCCCAGAUAGCUGCUGAUGUGAGAGCUGUCCAUUGUAUAAAAGACCUGUAGGUAACUUGUGACCUAGUCAAUACACUGCCAAACUGCAAAUCCAAGUGAUAUUUUGAUAGAUGGUUUGGGAGAAACUGGAUUUUAAGAUUUUUUUAAGAUGUAAGUUUGAAGCCUGUACAAUAAAUCUGCACUCCAGUCUACUCACAGUAGUAGCAGUUUUGGAUUUUAUUAACACAAAAGGCUACAAAUUAUAUCACCAAAAGUAAACAAAAUGUACAUCAAUUACUUGCUCUGUCAAGAUUUUAAACAUGUGUUGCUAUUGAUAGCUAUGUCCAAGGAAUCACACAUCAUUUCACCACCAUCAUCUUUAUGAAUGAUGCGACCAAAAUACUACAACAGUAUUUUUACUUAUUUAUUCAAAUUUGAUUUUUUUUUAAACAGUAGCAUGUGUAAUGCCUUGCCUUAGAAUAAUAUAAAGAGUAUUGCUUAUGAAAAUGUCAAUGAACUAAGAGAUUGUAUGCUAUGUACGAAACAAAUUGAAAUAUAAAUGAAUAUUAUAGAUUUUAUAAUUAUUAUUCAUUAUAGAAUGAAUGCAUGUAAUGCCAGUUAGUGGAAUUUUAACUUAUUUACUAUUUUAUUCAUUAUUUGUUGAAUUAAAUGAUGAGUGUCUAUGGAAGACUAGCUUUUACAUCGAGAGGUGGUAAUUCUGAUGAAUUUCCAAGCACUCUAACUUUUCAUUAAUUGCAUGGAAUAGCUAUUUUCCUUCAUGGUUGAGUGUUGAUAAAUUAUACACUUUGUGUAUCAUAAUAUUUGAAUUUUUUAAAUAAAAAAAAUGAAAUAUUUUAA